AUGUUCUAUAAUAAUAUAGAAAAAUCAGAUAUGUUGACAUGUUACAUGGAAUCAGGAAAAAACGCUAGAGCUGCAGCAAGAAUAUCUGGAUAUACCAUAUACAUCAAUGCAAAGCGUUAUAAGUAUCAUCCUUACAAAAGUGUGAAGGUUCAGCAGUUGCUGUCCCAUGAUUUUGAGAGACGAUUACAUUUUGUUGCUCAAAUGAUUAUUAAAUUGGAUGAUGAUCCAACUAUACUUACAAAUAUUUUAUGGACCGACGAAGCCAGAUUUCACAAUAAUGGCCAAGUUAAUCACCAUAACCAUCAUUAUUGGAGUGACAUUAAUCCUAACUGGGCUUUGGAAAGUAAUGUCCAAACUCGUUGGUCAAUUAAUGUUUGGUGUGGCAUUAUUGACGAAUAUUUAGUUGGACCUUAUUUCUAUGAGGGAAAUCUCAAUGGUAAAAAGUAUUUACAUUUUUUGAAAAAUGAACUACCACUUUUAUUAGAAAACUUGCCUCUUUCUAAAAGAAAAUAUAUAUUUUGGCAACAAGAUGGAGCUCCGGCCCAUAACUACUGGCAGGUUCAGAGCUAUUUAAACAACAUUUACGGACAGGGAUGGGCAAGAUACUCAAAAAUCAGUAUCGAGAUAGUAGAUACUAGAUACCUGGAUUUGGAGUAUCGAGAUACUAGAUACUCGAUACUUGGCUCUAGAGUAUCGCGAUACUAG